GGAAUAGGCAAUAUACACCAACAUUCAAAAUGAGAUGGUCAACUGGUGACAAAGUGAUGGCCAAAUGGCCAGGUAGUGCUUUGUAUUUUCCUGGCAUCAUCCAAGAUAUUGAUGAAGAUGAUGAUUCUGCUGAAGUUUUGUUUAACGAUGGAACAACUAUGGAUGUUCCCAUAAAACAUAUUAAAAAAGAAGAGGAGUUUAAAAGAAGAGCAAGAUCAAAGUCUCCAGCUCGAUCUCGCCGAAGAUCCCAAUCACCCGGUCGUAGACGUACAACACGUGCUACUGCUAAGAAGGAUACCGAAGUUGGAAAAGCGAAUCAAAGGAAUAAUACUUCUUCUUCAUCUGGUGAAGAAAGAAAAGUAACUGCUAUACUCAGGUCUGAUGUGGAAGUAUCUCAACAAGAACAUAUUAAGACUACUAAAACAACUAAGAGCCAUAGCAAGGUAGAAACCAAUAAAACCGUAAUCCCAGACUCAGGCUACAUGGUCACAAGACAGCAGGUAAAGGAGAUGUACAUGUCCAAGGCAGCAAUUUUGAAUGCAAAGCAGGCAGAGGAGACCCCCACCCCUGUGGUAAAGGAUACUAAACAAUAUGAAUAUGGAGGUGUUCUUGGGGUGUUUCUCAUGUACGUUACAUUACCGUUGCUACCUCUUUCAUUUCUUGUCUUCUGCAACAAAGAAGAUUGCUCCAUUUCCAAGGCUAAGCUGUCCAUGAUCCCUCAAACAUUGGAAGCAUAUUUUGAUCAAAUGUCCAUCUUCAUUGUGUUGGAGUUUUUAGUAUUCCACGCUAUUAUAUAUGCUCUACCACUGGGACACAUUAUCAAGGGUCCUGCCACACCAAGUGGCAAAAGAUUGGAUUACAGAAUAAAUGCCAUGUACACACUAGUGCUUACACUUGCUGCAUAUGCUGUUCUGUAUCAUUACAAGGUUCCAAUCACAAGUAUUAAGAUGUUACCAUUAGCUGCUACAGCCACAGUGGUCAGCUACAUAGGUGUGCUACUUGUACACCUCAAGUCUAAAAAUGUUCCUGAAAAUGAAUUAAAUCCUCACGGGAACACUGGGUCAGAUCUUUACGACAGUUUCCUGGGUCGUGAGUUGCAUCCAAGGAUCGGAAGUUUGUUUGAUCUUAAGCUUUAUCUCUAUAGACCUGGCAUGGCUGCUUGGUUGGUGGUUGUGAUGGUGGAAAUGCAACGACAUUAUGAACAAAAAAACAUGUUUGAACCCCAGGUUCUUGUUGUGGGGAUUUCCCAGAUUCUCUACAUUAUCUUAGAGUUCUUCUGGGAUGAGGAACAAUGUCCGUUCAUGUUUGAUAUAAAGAAUGAAGGACUUGGUUUUGUUCAGUUCUUCGGUGAACUUGUUAUAGUUCCCUUCAUCUACUCACAACCUAUUACUUAUGUGGUUAACCAUCCACUGAAGUUGCAAAAUACUCAGAUUGCUGGCAUAUGUCUUCUACUAUUUGUUGGUAUUUGUUUGAUCGUCUUAUCUGGUCGACAGAAGAGCAAGUUCAGGAAAAAUCCAUUUGAUCCAAAGCUAGCACACCUUGAAAGCCUUCCCCCCUCCAAAGCUGGGGGUGAUCGAUUACUUGUGUCAGGAUUUUGGGGUUUGGUUCGUCAUCCCAACUACCUGGGAGAGAUUGUUGUUGGGCUUGCAUGGAGUUUGGCUUGUGGUUUCAACCACCUUUUGCCAUGGUUCUACCCUAUAUUCGUGAUCGGCCUCCUUUUGCACCGUGCAAUCCGUGAUGAUGUUCGUUGUCGUGAAAAGCAUGGUAAAAUGUGGAAGGUCUAUUGCGAGAGGGUCAAGUACAGGGUCAUACCUUACGUUUUCUAAAAAAAUCUCAAUUCCAUACGAUGUUUCAACUGGGCCUAUACAAUGUGUUGAUCUCAGCGCCAAGUUUUGAUACAUUUUCUUAACAACUUUGCGCCGACAGAUUUCAUUCCUGCUGCCUGGCUAUUGUACGUUUUCAGCACCCUGACUGCCUUAUGGUUUGAAUGACCAUAGUUAACUUUGUUGUACAAUGCUCAGGAUGGUUUGUUUCUUUGUAUAGUGCAGGGGUGGGCAAAUUUUAGUUCCAAGCCAAAAUUGAGCGAUUCAGCCUAUUUAUUAGGAUCCAAAUGGACAAGUAAUGCAUUUUUACCAAAAUGAUUUUUUCUGCCACUUAGCUGCAUGAACUAUUAACAAUUUGCAAAAAAAGCACAUGAGCAAAUGUUUGCCCACCCCAGCAGUAGUGUGUAUGUGUAUCACAGAUCUCUUGAGCUUUUUUUACAGGAAUGAAUUUCACUUUAAAGUAUUCAAGAGCAAGUAGAAACUCGUUAUGGAUAUUUUAAAUGAUGAAUUUCAUUUCUUGAUGAUUCUGUAUAUGUUCAGCAUGCUUCUCUAGCAACUAGUAGUUUACUUACAAGUCUAAUUAGAUGGUUAAACAAGUGUAACAGUAGUGAAUAGACUGAGGGAGAACUAAUACAGUUUUAACUGCCAUUUUGCAAAGUUUCUUCACUUAAGAACAACACAUUGGUACAUAACAUGGUCAAUGCACCUUUACAGAAUCUCCAGUAACACAUUAUCUUUAUAUGAAACUUCAACGCUCUCGUACUGUUACAAAGUGCAUACAUCUUUAUAUUAUAUAUAUAGAAUGUGUUGUGUUUGUUCCUAGUUCCAGUUCCUACUACUAAUCCCAGCAAAUAAAGUUGCGUUGUUCAAAUGUAGAAGCAAAAUAAAAGGAACCAAUUUGUG